AUGGACGCAUCACCCAGUGAUUCCGUCAUGAAGAUGGACGACUCCAAGCACCAAGCUCACAAUGAGGAUUGGGACCUAGAGGAGCCAACUCCUGAGCGCAAGCGCUCUGGAGUGUUGAAUGUCGUGGUCUCUGGCCUCGCGCUCUUCAGCGACGGAUACAACGCUCAAAUCAUCGGAUACAUGGAGCCUCUAUUUUCCGUCCUUUACAAGAAUGGCAUGUCAUCGACUAUCAAAUCGCGCCUCUCGAACUCGUACUUGAUUGGCGAGAUCUUUGGAAUGCUCUUCUUUGGUGUCUUGAUUGAUCGUAUUGGUCGUCGUACAGGAAUUAUUGCAGCCACCGUUUUUCUCAUUCUCGGUGUGGUUCUAGCCACGGCUGCUCACGGCACCUCCGAGCUUGGGAUGUUCUGGAUGAUGAUUGUUGCGCGUGGUAUUGCUGGAUUUGGGGCUGGUGGUGAAUACCCCGUCUGUGCAACCAGUGCUACUGAGGCAGCCGACGAAACAGAGAAACUGCGCAAGCGGCGAGGCUUCCUGGUGGCAGUGACCACUGAUUUCGCCGUGGACCUUGGAUUCGUUGCAGCCGGACUGGUCGCCUUGAUUAUUCUCGCAUGCUAUCACCAGCAGAACUCGGAAGGAGUUUGGAGAAUCGCGUUUGGCUUGGGCAUCGUGCUCCCGCUUUCGAUCUGCUUCUUCCGAGUUCGUAUGAUCAACUCCACUCAGUACAGGAAGCAUGCCAUCAAGUCGCAUUAUCCAUACAAGCUAGUCCUGAAACGCUACUGGAAGCCCAUGCUGGGUACCUCUUUGGCCUGGUUUUGCUAUGACUUUGUGACAUACCCGUUUGGACUCUUUUCUUCGACAAUCGUUGAACAGCUUAAUCCAAACAACACCACCGUGCAGAAUAUCGGAUACGGAACUGUGAUCAACUGUUUCUACCUUCCAGGAUGUCUAUUGGGUGGGCUUUUAAUGGACCGGAUUGGUCGCAAACAAAAUAUGACCCUCGGGUUCAUGCUUUGGGCCGUGUGGGGAUUCAUUCUCGGUGGAGCCUUGCCGCAAAUCCAAAGUGUUUUCCCCUUGUUCAUCGUCAUGUACGGUAUUUUCCAGGCCUUGGGUGAAAUGGGUCCAGGUGUUUCUACUUUCCUGUGUGCUGCUGAGUCCUUCCCGACUCCCCUCCGAGGCCACUUCCUGGGUUUUGCGGCGGCUGUUGGAAAGGCCGGUGCAUCUAUCGGCACUGAAGUCUUCACCCCGAUUCAAAGUUCCUUUUCGUCCACGGAGAGAGGCCAGCAAGCCGUUUUCCUUAUCGGAGCCGCUUUUACCGUGGUUGGAGGACUGAUUUCCUGGUUUUUGAUCCCCGAUAUGUCUCGCGAGCUGGAGACGGAGGAUGCUCGCUUCAAGGCGUACUUAGAGGAGCACGGCUAUGAUAUCAGCCUAUAUGGAGAGGCCUUAGUGGUGAAUCCUAGGACAUCCGAUUGA